AUGGCGCUCGUAUUUUCGACGAGGUGCUCAACGGCAGCUCGACUUUGGACAUGUGCAACAGGAAAUAGAGCCCUACAAUAUGAACUUUCAAGGUCGAUAGGAGCCCAUCCAACAAAUAUGAGACGGAGAGCUAGAUACAAUAGUACAACAGCUACCUCUGCGGAACGAGCAUCGUCUAGAACAUGUGCAGAUAUCUCUGUCGCAUCUUCUCUUACCACAAUGUACAAAACUGCCAUGAGCGGAGUGGCAGCUCCGGCUAUGGUCAUCACUACCAACCACACCAAUGCUAAAACACAGCGUCCUGAACCGCGUGGGUUAACGGUAUCUUCAGUCACUUCUGUGUCAAUCAAGCCACUACCUACUAUAUCAUUUAAUAUCCAGGUUCCUUCUAGGACCUCGGAAGUACUCCACGAUUCCAACCAUUUUGCUGUAAAUAUCCUUCCUGCGUCUCCAGAAUCAGCUGAAAUUUGCCGCAUUUUUAGUGGGCGUCUUGGACCUGAAGUGAAUCCAUUCGAGAUUGAACGUCCCAUGCUUACUGUGGGUCAUGAUGGUAUACCUGUUGUAGCAUGUGCGAUAUCAGUUCUUUACUGCACAGCAGUCAAAGUUGUUACCGUACAAGACCAUGAGAUCUGGAUAGCACGGGUUAAUCAAGUCGAGUCCAACCAGCAUAACAGCUCUGGCGGCAAUCUUCUUUAUCAGAACCAUAAGUUUCAUACUUUAGGCUCUGAAAUCGAAGAGUAA